AUGACCCUUCCUUCUAUAAUUCUGUUUCAAAGGAGAAAUAUUCUUCCCUUUUCUCAGUGUGCAAAUGUAACUUUAUUUCUUUUUCUUUCUUUAGGCACAGGAUCGAACAUUCUUUCUGCGCUGCAGGAUUUGUUCUGGCUCUUGAAAUCCAAAGUAGAGAAACAACUCCAAAUCAUCUCAGUGCUGCAAUGGGUUCUCACUUUCCUUAUCAUGGGUAUUGCUUGCACUUUAAUCCUCAUGUACAUACUGUGCACAGAUUGCUGGGCUAUUGCUGCUCUAUAUUUAGCCUGGCUGGUAUUUGACUGGAAUACACCAAAGAAAGGGGGAAGAAGGUCCCAGUGGGUGAGAAAUUGGGCCAUAUGGAGGUACUUCAGGGAUUAUUUUCCAAUAAGACUGGUUAAAACCCACAAUCUGCUGACCACCAGGAAUUACAUUUUUGGGUACCAUCCACAUGGCAUCAUGGGCUUGGGUGCCUUUUGCAACUUCAGCACAGAGGCCACGGGUGUCAGCCAGAAAUUCCCUGGGAUUCGACCAUACCUUGCUACCCUGGCUGGGAACUUCAGGAUGCCCAUAUUGAGGGACUACUUAAUGUCUGGUGGUAUAUGUCCUGUGAACCGUGACAGCAUAGAUUACAUCUUGUCCAAGAAUGGCACUGGCAAUGCCAUCAUCAUUGUGGUUGGAGGGGCAGCAGAGUCCCUGAACUGCACCCCAGGGAAGAACUCUGUGACGCUGAGGAACCGGAAAGGAUUUGUGAAACUGGCUCUACGGCAUGGAGCGGACUUGGUUCCUGUCUACUCCUUUGGGGAGAAUGAGGUGUACCAGCAGGUGAUCUUUGAAGAGGGUUCCUGGGGAAGAUGGGUUCAGAAGAAGUUCCAGAAGCACAUUGGCUUUGCUCCAUGCAUCUUUCAUGGCCGUGGACUCUUCUCCUCCAACACCUGGGGGUUGUUACCUUUCUCCAAGCCCAUCACUACUGUUGUUGGAGAGCCUAUCACUAUCCCCAAAAUUGAUAAUCCAUCCCAGAAGGAUGUGGACUUUUACCAUAGCGUAUAUGUGGAUGCCCUGAUCAAACUCUUUGACAAAUACAAGAGCAAAUUUGGCCUGCCGGAGACUGAGGUCUUGGAAGUCAACUGA